AUGGCAGGCCACUCCCACAGAUCAUCUGUUAAGAAUGGGCAUAAAGCCUUUAAAUCGAGGCAUUCAUCCAAGAAUGCCUUAAAGAGAGCUAACAAGGGUAAGGUUGAAAGAGAAAGUAUAGGUACUGGUAGACCAAUUAAGAAUGCUUCCAAACUUCAAAGAAGAAACAAAGCUAAACAAUUGAGAGCCCAGAAAAUAUUAGAUACUUUACAGAUUAGAAAACUGUUUGAAGGUUCUAAUGGGGCCGAGAAGAUCAUAACUGUAAUUCCUCUAACUGAGGAUGUUGACGCCCAUGAUAUCAUAACCAAGAUUUUGAGUUCAGCUGAUCUUGAUGAACAAACUUUAUCUCAGUUUGUGCCUCAGGGAAUGCCAAAUUCUGCUUUUGUUAAGGAUAUCCACAUUAAGAAAUUUAAAUCAAACUUGAAAUUCAUUGUUCCAGACAUGUCCAACUUUUUGAACAUUUUAGAUGCUUCAAAGGUUGCAGAUUUCACAAUUUUUGGGCUCAGUGGUACCUCCGAAGUUGACUCAGAAUUUGGUGAACAAGUUAUUCGUGCUUUGGAAUUACAAGGUAUAGCAUCUUACAUUGGUGUGGUAUCUAAUCUAUCUCAGGUACACCCAAAGGAGAAAUUUCAACUAGAUGUUAAACAGUCCUUAGAAAGUUAUUUCAAGCAUUUCUUUCCAAAUGAAGACAAAAUAUACAACCUGGAGAAGCCAUCUGACUCAUUAAUUGCAUUAAGAACACUUUGUCAAAAGUUUCCAAGGGGUGUCACCUGGAGGGAUAAUAGAGGUUACAUGGUUGCCAACAACAUCGACUUUAUUGACAGUGAAACCCAACCUGAUGUCGGUGAUCUAGUUAUCAGUGGUACAGUACGUGGUUGUGGAUUCAACUCUGAUAGACUUAUCCAUAUUCCAGGCUUAGGUGAUUUCCAAGUGAAUAAAAUCGAAAGGAUAGCCGCCAGUACCAGAAAAACUAAAAAAGAUGCUGAUGAGCUCGAUGAGAUCAGUUCGUUACUGGAAAACUCAUUUGCUGCUACUUCGGAACAAGACACCUUAGAUGAAUAUGCUCCUGUCGAUAUGGAAUUUGAAGAUAUGUCUGAUGAAGAUGAAUUUGAAUACAGUAAUCUAAAAGCUGCGAGGUACGACGAUCACGGUUUUCUACCUGGCAGAGAACAACAAUCAAAGAAAUAUAAAAUUCCAAAAGGUACUUCAGAAUAUCAGGCCAAAUGGUAUCUUGAAGAUGUUGUGGAGGUAGAUGAUGAUGAAGAGCUAGAACCAGAUCACGAAGAGACCGCUAUGGAUGAUAUGGAUAUGGAUGAGGCCGUUGAUGAAUAUGCUCACGAGGGAUUCAAUGAUGAAAUGGAAGACGACUUUACUGAUGCUAAGACGACUACCGAAGAUUUAUUUGUGGAAUUGUCACCAGAGGAAGAAGAACGUCAAUUGAGAGAAUAUCGUGCUUUGGAAAAGGAGGACCGAGAAUUCCCCGAUGAAAUUGAACUAGAGCCUACCCAAUCUGCUAUUGAGGCAUUGAAGUAUUAUAGAGGUUUGAAAAACCUAUACAACUGUGUCUGGGAUGUCGAAGAAAGAGAUCCUCGUACACCACAGGAGUGGAACAGAUUAUUGAGAAUUGGUAACUACAAAAAUACUAAGAACAGACUACAGAAAGAGGCUGUCAAGACAGCACAAGUAGUUGCAGGCGAUAGAAUCAAGCUACAUAUAAACUUUCCUAAGAAUUUACUAUCUAAGGUUAACGAUCCUUCGAUCAUAUCAUUCCCUGUGUACGGUUUGCUAAGGCACGAACAUAAGAAUGCUAUGGUGAACUUCAGCAUUCAAAGAUGGGAAGAAUAUGAAGAUCCUGUACCAUCUAAGGAGACUUUAUUGGUACAAUAUGGUGCGAGAAGAUAUGCUAUUCAACCUUUGUUUUCAGGGGAUGCCAACAGUUCAAACAAUGUGCACAAGUAUGAUAGAUUUUUACAUCCUGAAACGGCAUCAGUGGCGACUUGUAUUGCACCUGUUGAUUUCACUCAGUCACCUGCUAUUUUCUUCAAGCCUUCUUCGACAGACAGAAAGGGCAUAGAAUUGGUUGGCCAAGGUACUUUCAUGAACGCAGACCACACAAGAGUAUUAGCAAAGAGAGCAAUCCUAACAGGUCAUCCAUUCAGAUUCCACAAGAAGGUUGUCACUGUCAGAUACAUGUUUUUCAGACCAGAGGAUGUCGAGUGGUUUAAAUCUAUCCCAUUGUUCACAAAAACUGGUAGAUCUGGUUUCAUCAAAGAAAGUUUGGGUACACAUGGUUACUUCAAAGCUACCUUUGACGGUAAAUUAUCUGCACAAGACGUUGUCGCUAUGUCUUUGUACAAGCGUAUGUGGCCUAGACCUUCCAUUCCAUGGAAUGGAGAGAGCAUUGAAGAAAUUCAAGACUAA